GAUUGCCUGAAGCCGCUCGGAGUGCCGACCGGCGAGAUGCCGGACGUGAGCCGUUUUGGGCCGAACGACAUGCUGCCGCCGAAUGUAGACCUGGACCACGUGCUCGGAAUGCAGCGGCAGGCCAGGGCCGAGGCGAAGGCCAAAGCCAAAGCAAAGGCGGCGGCGAAGGCGGAAGCCAAGGCCAAAGGCAAGGCCAAAGCAAAGGCCAAAGGAAAGGCCAAAGCAAAGGCCAAAGCAAAGGCCAAAGGCCAGGCCAAAGCAAAGGCCAAAGCAAAGGCCAAGGCAAAGGCCAAGGCAAAGGCCAAGGCAAAGGCCACAGCAAGCUCGGCCCCCAAGGCGAAAGCCGCUGCCAAGGCACAGGCCGAGGACCACGAGGACCAGACGAAGGACAAGAACAAUGUCGACAAGGACGGGGCGAGCAAGAAGCGGCCUGCAGCGAGUCUCACUGCUCCGGAGGAAGAGAAGAUCAGAAAGUGCUUCGAGAACUUGCGGCAGGUGGACCUCGUCCUCCCCGACUUGGAGGACUUCCUGACCGGCCAGAG